GCCCCUCGCACUGCAGGUUAAUGGGUUUAGUGGGGCCAGGGGUCUUCUGGAUCUCUCAGCACUGGGUGAAAUUUGAUUCUCAAUGCAGAGAAAUAUCUUCUGCCUGUAAAGUGCCCGGGGAGAAGAUUCCUGCAGUGGUGACCUGCCCACAGGGAUUGCUGGGGCUGCGUAGGGGAAAGUCCCUGGGUGUUGGGAGCACUGGGGGCAGCAGGGAGGACAGGACAUUUCGGAAGCUAGAGCCGUCGUUUGCGGAGUUGGAGAAGAGACUCAGCGAUUUUUCUCUGAAAAGUGCCAUGCUGCAGGAGGUGGUGCUGAGAUUCAAAGAGACGCUGCGACGGGGUCUGGGGAGCGACACAGCCAUCCCGAUGAUAAUUAAUUUCUGGGAAACAUCCUCAGCAGAAUUAUUUGAAGGUGUUGUACCAGACAGUAAAGGCACAGAGGCAGUGGCUUGUGGGAAAGAGGGCGGCAGAGUAACGCCUACCUUUGGCUCCAGAUUGUCCCAGCCUCCCACAGGACAGGGAAGGGAACUGGCUGUAGUGGAGCCAGUCCAGGGGCCGGUGACCUUCGAGGAGGUGGCUGUGUAUUUCACCAGGGAAGAGUGGGCUCUGCUGCACCCCCGUCAAAGAGCCCUCUGCAGAGACGUCAUGCAGGAGAACUAUGAGAAUGUGACCUCGCUGGGGGUUCCAGUUUCCAAACCUCAUAUAAUCUCCCAGCUGGAACAAGGGGAAGAGCCCUGGGUCCCAGACUCCAGGGGUUCAGAGGAAAGAGAGAUCCUGAGAGUUCCCUGCACAGCAGGUGAUGCAAUGGUAUGUGAGAAAGAGGAGCAGAAUUCUCAGCAGGAAAAUGUUGAGCAAGUGGCUAAACAAAGAGAAUUAUUGCAAAGAUCGAAAAGGAAUGUGUCCAGGAGUCAUGAGCAGGGAAAAUGCUGUGAGAUUCAGCACAGACCAGAAAGAGAGCAAGGAAACCAUCCAGGGGAGAAAAUGGGUACAUUUAUUUCCUGUCGGGGAACUCAGAAGAGCAUCAAGGAAACCACAACACAGCAGGAAAUCCUCAUGGGAAAGAGGAAAAAUACAUGCACUAAGUGUGGGAAAAGCUUCACUAGCAGCUCAGACCUUUCUGUUCAUCAGAGAAUCCAUACAGAGGAGAGGCCCUAUGAAUGCCCUGAGUGUGGGAGAAGUUUCACUAGCAGCUCAGGCCUUUCUCAACAUCAGAGAAUCCACACAGGGGAGAGGCCCUAUGAAUGUCAUGUGUGUGGGAAAAGCUUCACUAGCAGCUCAGGCCUUUCCCAACAUCAGACAGUCCAUGCAGGGGAGAGGCCCUUUGAUUGCAGUGAUUGUGGGAAAGCCUUUACUUACAAAUCAAUCCUUUCUGUUCAUCAGAGAAUCCACACAGGGAAGAGGCCCUAUGAAUGCCAUGAGUGUGGGAAAAGCUUUAUUACCAGCUCAGCCCUUUCUGUUCAUCAGAGAAUCCACACAGGGGAGAGGCCCUUUGAAUGCAGUGAGUGUGGGAAAAGCUUCAAUCGCAGCUCAGCCCUUUCUAAACAUCAGAGAAUCCACUCAAGGGAGAGUGCUACGAAUGUCGUGAGUGUGGGAAAAGCUUCACUCACAGCUCAAACUUUCUUACCCAUCUCAGAAUCCACACAGAGGAGAGGCCCUAUAAAUGCAGUGAUUGUGGGAACAACUUCAUUCACCGCCAGCAGCUUAUUAGCCAUCAGAGAAUCCACAGGUAUGAGACCCAAUGGAAGCAGUGAGUGUGGGAAAACCUUGUCUUGCCACUGAGCCCAUGUGAGCCCUCAGAGAAUCUGCAAGGGGGAUCAACACCAUAAAACCCUCUAGGGCUAUCAAUACUUUAAUACUUUCCUGAUUCCCACAUAGUAAUGUUGCAGGGGGGGCAACAGUUGGGGUUCGUUUGCCCGGUGUGCGUAUCCCCAAUGACCACACCAGAGUGGAGAAGCAAGUCUCUUAAUGUGAGUUCAAAUAAGGUGCUGGGAGAUAUACAAUCUCAAAUCCUGCACAAAUUACUAUCCUCAUCCUUACGGUAUAUACCCCACUUGUUCACAGAGAUGUUCACAGGUGCUACAAUCGAUCAUUUACAAUUCAUUAACCAUCAGAUUCUUUAAUUAGCUCCAUCCUCCUCCCACAAUACAGAACCCCCUUUGAUUAAUCACAUCUUAUACCGUAAACAAAGGAACAAAAGAAAAAUAAUAAAUGAUUACAUGUACUCAUGCUAACUUUAAAGGAACAAAUUGUUUAGCUCGAAAGGCAAUCGUAGGCCUGAGAAUGUAAGCUUUUGACCCCAUGCCAUAUUGCCAGUUACCUCGAGCCCUGCACCCCCCAACAGUAACUUUUAAAAGCUGUUUGAAGCACCGAUAUACCUCAGCUUGUCCGGAUGAGUGAGUGGCCCAUUUCUGCAUAUUGAAGUUUGACCUAUUUGAGGUGGACUCAUUUGUCCUUGCUAUCAACUCCAUUCUCCCAUGAGUAAUUCUAGUGUGCCCUUCCUAUCAGGAACCAGGGAGCAUCACAUUUAUACCAUCCCCUAUUGCAAAGUUAUUGUUAGAGUCACCAGUGAUACAGAUUGUAUCAUUGCCAAUUGUUGUCAUGUUGUGCUGAAGGGCAGUUAUAAUGGGAACUUUUCAUAUUAGAUUAAAUGAAGAGAAGCAGGGGCAGGAAAAAAGUGUCAUUUCAGCCUCUGUGGUACUGGAAGGAGAUGUAAAAAGCGACAGAGUCCUGUGGCACCUUACAGACUAAAAUACAUAUUGGAGCAUAAGCAAUAUACAAAAACCUGUAGAAGAACACUUCAAUCUCCCUGGACACACAAUAGCAGACUUAAAAGUAGCCAUCCUGCAGCAAAAAUACUUCAGGGCCAGACUUCAAUGAGAAACUGCUGAGCUUCAGUUCAUUUGUAAAUUUGACACCAUCAGCUCAGGAUUAAAUAAAGACUGUGAAUGGCUAGCCAACUAAAAAACAGUUUCUCCUCCCUUGGUGUUCACACCUCAACUGCUAGAAGAGAGUCCCAUCCUCCCUGAUUUAACUAACCUUGUUCUCUAGCCUGAUUCUUGCUUACAUAUUUAUACCUGCCUCUGGAAAUUUCCACUAUAUGCAUCUGACGAAGUGGGGAUUCACCCAUGAAAGCUUAUGCACCAAUAUGUCUGUUAGUCUACAAGGUGCCACAGGACUCUUUGUCACGUUUUACAGAUCCAGACUAACACAGCUACCCCUCUGAUACUUGGAAGGAGAUGGGGUGACUCAGAGAUUCCCUCCUUCCCCAUCAUGGCAGAACUGUUACCUUUUGUCUGACCCAGGCAGAGUUUAUCGUCAUCACAUUUUACCCCUCCACUUCUCAAAGUGUCAUUUGAUGAAGUGUUCUCAGUUGUCUGUGCUUUGACUUAUUUAAUCCUAUACCGGAGUUGCUAUGACUGGAGAUGAAAGUAUCAAAGACCAAGAAGGAGAAUUCAAAUAGAUCCUAAAUGCAGUGUGAUCAUUUCAAAUUUAAAUCCCAGGAUUCUUCGAUUGGUCAUGCUAAUUCUGGCAAGGUGGCUGCUUUUUCCCCCAUUAUAGGAAUGCUAGGAUACUAAACAUGUUGUAAAUAACAUAACUGACUAUUGAGACAGUGCUCAAUGAAAUAUGUUUGAAUGGGUCAGAGGAGAAUGUGAUUGGAGAAACUCUUGUCCUGAUUCUAAAUAAUUAGAUGUAACCUGCUCUGGAAUUUCAAUUUACACUUUCAUUGUCAUGUAUUCUAUCUGUCUGUGUGAUCUGGGUUUCUAUCUUUCUUGAUGGCUGUGUGGUCACACAAUUAGAUAUUAAUUCAGCUCAGAUAAUUGGAGAAUUUAAGACAAAUGACCAUUUGCUAAAGUCGUCAUUUCUCACUUCAGCUUUGCUUUUUUCCCCAUCCUUCCAUGAUGAUAUGGAGAAAGUUCAAGUGCAGUUCUGUCAAUAGGAGAGAACUCUCCAAUUUACUGGCCAUGCUAACAAAGACACAGCGGUGAGUUAAAAUCUCCACUUGGAAAUGGUGAACAACAGCAGACCCCCGACUAACUGAAGGAAGUGCAUAUGACCACAGUGUAGUUCAAUUCUUUAAAUCAAUAUUGUCUCAGAUGGCUAUGUUGGCAGACGAAGGCAUCCUGCUGAUGUAGCGCUAUCUACACUGGGGAUUAGAGAUGUGUAACUAUGUUGCUCACCUGUGUUGAUUUUUCACACCCCUGAGCAAUAAUUAUACCAAUAAAUGUCUUCAGUGUAGACCAGACAGUUCUCUCUUGUGUUUUCUGCAUUUGUAUCAAUUCUCGCCUACUACCUACUACUUUGAAAGAUUUAAAGUGUGACAAGAGAGGUAUUUUUCCUCAUGAUGCAAACAUUCCCACAUAGGAGACCCCUUCCACCAACACGCAUGGCAGAAGAACCAGAGAGAUAUGAACUCACAGAAGUGUUGGGACAAACCACAACUUGAGCCAAGGUUCAGUUGUUGGCAAUGGGCAUUAAAAGAAAACUAACGUAUCUGAUCAGAAUUUGUGAUCUUUGAAUAUAUUAGUGUUACUAGUGAAAAUGAAAUUAUAGGUGAUGUUAUUGGUUAAAGAGUAAGAGACUAAUUUUUUGAUAAUCUGAAUUAUUUUGGAAAACUGAAA